AUGGUGCACACAGACGAACCGAAGUUGGGUGAUGAUCGGAAUAUUGAAACUGUCGAGACUGAAGCAGUCGAUUUCCUUCACCAACUUCACAGAGAUGGCAUCAUCAAAGAUGACGAGGCCCUCGAAGAGCGAGUUCACACUGUGCUCCAUGAAAUUCGCCAGACGUCUGUCGUGCUGCCAGACGCAGACGGGAAAGGGCCCAAGUCACUCGCCGGCACCUGGCACCAGACGGUUGAAGAGCUCGAACACGGGCUGAGGCUGUCCUGGAAGCACGCAAGAAAGUGCAUCAUGCGAAGCGAGUAUUCUUAUCUGAAAUUGCACGACUUUCGACAUAUCAAGACAAGCAAAGAGAUGGGUCAAGUCCUCGUCCAAGGAAUGCAUGAAGCAUUCAACGGCGGAGACAUCCAACCCAGCGUCUUCGUUUUCCCGCCCAAGAAGCCCAAUCGACCUGGCUCAAUGGUGUGGAGCCAGCAGUUUCUGGCAUUUGCCGGCUAUCGCCAACCAGACGGGAGCAUACUGGGAGAUCCAGCGAAUGCCUCCUUGACAGAGUCCAUCAUUUCUUUAGGCUGGGAGCCCCCAGUCAUCCGGACCCGCUGGGACCUACUUCCUUUGGUCACCAUGGCAGAAGGUGACGAGCCAUACAUUACUCCCGUCCCGGAAAGCCUGUUCCCCCUGGUACAGAUUCGCCAUCCAAACUCGCAGUACUCUUUGGCCUUCGACAAGCUAGGGCUACGUUGGGUUCCUGCCCCAGCUUUGUCACAGCUGGGAUUCGACAUUGGCGGAGUUCAAUACACGGCCACUCCCUUCAUCGGCUGGUUCAUGGACGCCGAGAUUGGAGUACGUGAUCUUGCCGACAGCUUCCGAUACAAUGUUCUUCCAUCAAUCGUCUCAGCUCUCAAUCUCCUCCAACCGGGCCAAGAGCUUGACGAGCUUCCGCAGUGGGAGCGGCUUGCCCUCUUGUCUCGCGCGCAGACUGAGCUGACAUUUGCCGUCCACUGGUCCUUCAUGGAGGCCGGCGUGCGAAUGAGCGACAGCCUCACCGCCAGUGCCAUGUAUACCAACUUUGACGACCAGCAUCUGGCUAAACACGGGUUCCGGCUUCCAGCAGAUCCAUACUGGCUCGCCCCGCCGCAGGGCAGUAUUAUUCCUGUUUGGCACCGAGGCGGAGCGCCUAACUACCAGCCCAAGCCAAUGAUCUGUCGAUUAAAGGAGAACCCAAUCAAGGUCUGGAAAAGGCUCAAAGCUGGAAGAAACGGCUUGACCCCCAAGAGAAAUGGGGUCAAUGUAGUCAACGACACAAACGGCAUAUGCCACGUUAAUGGUCAUGUCGAGCCAUUCAACGACAAGAUGCUGGCUCACUCUGGGCUCACCAACGGUCACCCGUCGACACCAAUGAUCCGCGUUUUUUACUGCAGCUCUGGAACAACGGCUCAGCGUCUGGCUAUCAAGCUGGAGCAAAGGCUACACAUUAUCAUGGAUCAGACAAGUGAGUUUCCGUCAAUUGCGUCAGCUGCUCCACUCAACGACUUUCAACCCGGCGCCCUGUCGACUGGGGACCUCGUUUUCAUUAUUGCUAGUUCUGCCGGCCGUGGCGAUGUGCCUACCAAUGGGCAGACAAUGCUGCAGAAAUGCAAGUCACUUGCCAAAGUCGAGGCUAGCGAUGUCCAUUUCUGCAUCUUUGGCAAUGGCAACUCCUCGUACGCGGCGAACUUCAACGGGGCCGCAUUUAAACUGGAGGCGGCCAUGGAAAAGCUUGGGUUCUCCAGCUCAAUGCCUUUGUUCCAAGCUGAUACGCUCAAGGAGGACCCGCCUUGGAGGCAGUUCAAGACUUGGCUGGCUCACCUCGAAGCAAAGUACGACAGCAGUACUGAGAGUGUCGAUGACUUCACGGCCGAGCAGAACGACGACUCAACUGGAUUGCUGCUGGCUCAGCUUUCGCCAGCAAAGGUCAUCUCGGUCCACAUGCCCAAGGAGGGAGAUAUCCGACGGGUGGCCUUGGACAUUGGCAGACUCGAGUACAGCCACAUGAGCCAUGUCGAUGUCUUUGUGCCGCUCAGCGAGGAUAAAAUUGACGAACUACUGUUGACUGCUAGGUUGACAGGAGACGAGUUGCUCACAUUUGAGGAGGGUCAAGUCAGCACGAGGCAGCUCUUUUCGCUUGUGGAUCCAGACAAACCGUUCACGAGUCUCAAGUGGGCUGCCAGUCUGGGAUUGAACCUGACGAGUGAAGAGGAAGCCAAGCUUUUGCAAAGCCCGAUGAAGAGCUCCAUCAAGGAUUUGCCAGUAGGCUGGCAGUCCAAGGCAAAGCGAGGCAAUCUCUCGGGCUUCAUGAUGGCCCUCCCGACCAGACGAUCGAGAACUUUCUCUACUGCCUCAUCCCAGCUGUAUUGGAACUUGCAAAACAUGGGAAACGUGCUGGAGCUCACCCUGCAGACACACCCUGGAGGGCUCGUCACAGACCAUUUCCUCUCCAAGGCCAGGAGGGGAGAACGACUCUUCGUUCGGAUUCGCCACGGGCCCGGCGCGCACUUGGUUAACGAUCAUAAGCCCCUGAUUGCCUUCACCACCGGCUCCGGCAUCGCACCCUUGCGGGGUCUUUUGCAGGCCAGGUCCGCCAUUGCGGCCGAUCGGCCAGCCGCGAGCAAAAUGAUGGAGUUAAAGAUGGGAAAGACGAGCCGAGAGGAUUCGAUAUCCUUGUUCCUUGGCUUCAGGCCCGGCGACGCCGACAUCGUUGCCGAGUCCACCCACGAAGCCUUGGCACUGGAGCUGGUGGAUAUGCUACACUUGACGCCGAGCAACCCGGAAAAGAACCGAGCUCAGGAUAAGAUAUUCAAAGAGGGGGUUGCGAACCAGAUACGGAAAAAGAUUCGAGACGAGGGAGCAAGCGUCUUUGUUUGUGCGUCGAAAGAGGCGGCGGAUGACUUUGCGCGGAAUCUUGAAGCAAUUGUGGGAGUCAAGUCCAUCAGAGAGGUUCUGGGCGAGAGAUGGGUCGAGGAGGUCUACGUAUUCACUGAGGCCUGA